AUGCGACCGCCAUAUGCGCUGUUAAGAACGAUAUUGUGUCUGAUGAUGUUACAUGCCUAUGGGGCACAGAAAAUUUAUUCCAUGUCUAUAAAAUCUUUUUCGGUCACGUGUAGGCUAUCAAAUUUAACAAACCAUUUUAUCGAUCACGUUGAGGGUUUAUUGUAUGUUCAGCCAUCUGAUUACUCGAACGCUAAUAUCUCCUGGAUAGGCUACAUUAAUUGUAACAAUUCAAAAGAUAUAAUACGCGAUAUAUUUUCAGCACAAAGUAACAAAGCGAUGGCAGUAGUCUUAUUCUCUAUCUAUGAUAAACCAUGUGAUGUCCAUUUGCCAAUUAAUAUAUCCAUGCCAAUAUUCUUCGAGGCUGAUGCGGAAUGCAAAAAUUAUAUUUUCAAUACUAAAAGGGAUGAGUCACCUAACGUAUCAAUUUAUGUUGACGAAGACAACGAAAUAGAAAAUAAAAUCAUAAUCAUAAUUUUUAUAACUAUUGCAGUUGUGUUUAUACAAAUAAUUGUGUGUUUCAUAAAAGUCAGAUUUUUUUCAUCAAUAUUAGUAAACAAUGAAUCUUCCAAUGUUAGAAAUAAUCGGAAUGACAGGAGUAAAGAAAAUGGUAUUACCAGCACUGUAUUGAAUAGCUUUCCGGUUUAUUUGUUUCCGCAGAUUAAAGAUGAGACUAGCAACGAUUUAGAGAAAGGAAAAUGCAAAGAACUAUUAGAAGAGUCUGAUCAAUCUCAUAAUGUAGGAAGAGCACUUGCUGGAAACAAUAGUAUUAUGAUAGAUGAUGAAAUCAUCGAAAUUUACAAACAAUUAACAUGUUCCAUUUGCUUGAGUGAUUUUGUAUCUGAAGAAGAACUAAGAAUUCUACCGUGCAAUCAUCAAUAUCAUAGAGUGUGUAUUGAUCCAUGGCUAUUAAAUAUCUCUUCGCUAUGCCCCGUGUGCAAGGCUGAUUGUAAAUCAUGGAAUGCAGAAUUGCCAGUGACUACUCGAGAUGGUCCGUCAAGUGAAAAUCCUAAUAACAUUUCCCCUCAAAUUAUUGUAAAUUUCCAGACAACUGAAGGAAGAUGCUUAGGUGAUGGCAAUGAAUCUGUUAGCUAA